GCGACUGUGGUGCUCAAUGACCACGGGCGGCCGGUAGGGUUCGUGGAGAUGCAGCCAUUGCUGUGGCUCAAGAACCCCACGUGCUUCGGAGAGAACUUUCAACCGGCCGAGGGGCACAUUCGUGUGCUAGUGAACAUGCCAAAGCCGCGAAAGGAAUUGUGGCUCGUCACGGGAUCCGUCGAAAACGCGUUCAACACGAUAGGAAUUCCUUCUACACUGUACCAUCUCGCAGCGAUACAUAUUGGCUACUACGAUCCCGCUCGUCGAAGUUGUGAUAGGAAGGACAGCGCGUUUUGGUAC